CACCUCGGCCGAUUGUAUUGCCCAUACCAAAAAGUGAGAGGUCAACAGUGCGCUAACUGCGUUAUUUCGAAGAUCUAACAAAUUUGCGAAGUGGUAUCCCGAAGAAAAAUCCUAGCAAAUUCGUUCCGUCGACUGUUGGCUGUAAUAUGAAAACGGAUUGCAAGCAAAAAGUGUUUUGUUCUACAGCAUAUGAAAAAGAAAACGGGAUCGUUCCUCCCGAAAAAUCAUAAGUUCACCCUUCUUUCCUACCCGCUACGCUACUAGCGUAGCCGCAGUUGAUUGAAUAGGCGAUAUUCUAGAUUUUCGUGUGAGCCAAUGAUGGGGUGCGGUCCCAAAAUAAGAUUUUCCCGUUUUUUCGGUUGUGCAGGUCUUCCGGGUUCCGGAUAGAAGAAUCUUGUCUGGGGCGCAGCAAUCAUAAUGAGAUUAUUCCUGGCGCUGUACGGCAACGGAACGAAAUUGGUUGAGUGUGCUCAAGUGUUAUCAGCGUGAAUACGAUUAUUUUUGAGAGUUAUUUUGAUUAUUUCUGGAGCUGGCAGUCAGCAGUACUUCAGGUCUGCAGAGCAGAAAUGCGAUUAUCAAACAAAAAGGAGCAGCCGGAGUUGUAGUUAAAGACAGGAGAAACAGAGCUAGUAAAUAAAAAAUGGUGGACAGUGGUUGACAUUCUCCGGCCUAAUCUUCAUCCUUUCGUCUUUGUGCUGUUGUUCGUCGUUACGGAGAUUGGGCUGGAUGUACGCAAAGUGCUUCUGUUGGUAGUGUGAAUCAGGUCUAGAAUAGCUAUCCGAAUGUAUACAGUACACAUACCUAUAUCAUCAUUCAUUAAUCUAUCGCAUGAAUUGAAUUGUAGAAUUAAUUCUGGACCCGAUUCCAAUCUUCCAAACAGCGGCCUAAGGCUUGAUUCAUUCUAUCAGAUGCAAUGUGAAUAUCUUGAAUUGUAAUACGUGGUCCAGCAUACAGAGUGAUUAGGUCAGUGCGUUAGACGUUGCUGGAAGAGUGGCAAGAUCCGACCAAACCGAAGAAGCUAUAUUAAUUAGAGCAGCGGCAUUCAUCAUCAUCAUCCCGCACAACCCGCUCGAAGCAGCAGUCCGGUGGGUUGGUGCGGGCCGAGCUAUUCCAUUCAGUAGCGGGACAUUCUGCUGCAACAGCAGAUUCUUUAUCUUCAUCUUACGACCGGUACGACAGGGGCUAGAAGGAGUCAUCGAAAAUGUCACGGCUAGCCGAUUACUUCGUAAUUGUAGGAUACGAUCAUGAAAAAGAGCGAACAGGCAUCAGAAAUGGUAAAAUUAUUCAACGCUUUCCGGAGAAAGAUUGGCCCGAUACUCCGUUCAUCGCUGGCAUUGAAUGGUUCUGUCAGCCGCAGGGUUGGUCACUAUCGACGGUACGUCAGGAGCCACAGUUCUUCGUGUCCGUCCUGACGGAUAUCGAUGCAAACCGGCACUACUGCGCCUGUCUUUGUUUCAACGAAACGAUUGCCAUCACGCCCAGUAAACCGAUCGAUGAGGAGGAAGAGGAUGACAAUCUGUCGGCGGCUAGUCGGGCACUGUUGGCAAACAGCAGUGGUCCACCGUCAAUCACCCACCACAGCAUCAUGUACGCACCGAAGUGUUUGGUGAUUGUGUCCCGGUUGGACUAUAUCGAAACCUUCCGAAAUUGUCUGGGCACCAUCUACACGGUGUACCUGGAGAGUUUGAAGUUUCACCUGCACCAUCUGAUCGGCAGUAUACUGGGAUGCAUUCAGGUGCCACCACCCGGGGGACCGCAGGUUCGCUUCUCAAUCGGUGCCGGUGAUAAACAGGUCCUGCAGCCUCCCCUCUCGCACACACUCCCCGUUACUGGAUCCUGUGUCAGUCUGUUGUUUCAACAGUUGGGCACGAAAAAUGUGAUGUUACUGUUUUGCGCUGUGAUGACCGAACACAAGAUUCUCUUCCAUUCGACGAGCUACUCUCGCCUGACCGACAGCUGCCGAGCGCUGACAGCCCUGAUGUAUCCAUUCCGCUACAGUCACGUGUACAUUCCGAUCCUACCAGCGUCGCUGGUAGAAGUAUUAUCCACGCCGACACCGUUCAUCAUGGGUAUUCACAGCGCGAUGCAGUCGGAGGUGACCGAAGUUUUAGAUGUGAUUAUUGCCGAUCUGGAUGGAGGCUCGAUACAUAUUCCGGAAUCGUUGGUGCCACCGGUUGCCAAGCUUCCUCGAGCGCUUUGGGAAACAACGGAAAAUGCACUGCGGCUGGUUUUACACCCGGAGUUGGCACUGGCAGAUCUUGCGUUUCCACCGAACAACAACAACAAUAACAACAACAGUACGAACGGAGCGUACGGGUUUCGGGAGCAGAAGUCGGAUGGAAUGCUGGACAAAGAGAUUCGGGCCGUUUUUAUGCGAUUGUUCGCGCAGCUGCUGCAGGGCUAUCGGUCGUGUUUGACGCUGAUUAGGAUUAAUCCGAAACCGAUUAUUCAGUUUCAUCGCGCCGGUUUCCUGGGCGCACGAGAUCUGGUGGAUUGUGAUUUUCUGUCGCGAGUGCUAGACAGCAUGUUCUUUACGGGUUUCGUGACGGAAAGGGGACCCCCCUGGAGACCUUGUGAUGCCUGGGAUGAACUUUACAGUUCCAUGAAUGAUUUGCUCAAACAGGAAACACAAGAUCCGAACCUGAUAUUGGUGCACAUUCAGGAGUUGGCCAAACAGUUGUACAUCAACGAAAACCCCAAUCCGCAGCCGUACCAGCAGAAGAUUUUAAGACCACCGGAAGGGGCGUUUGCGCGGAUACAUCAACCGUCGAUGCCGUUGAUUGAUUCUCACGAGGUCCAGAAUGUGAUCAAUGAUGGUCUGGCAGCGAACGAUCUGCAGGCGAGAUUGCAAACGAUUCGGCCAACACCGCGCAUAGUUCCGAUGGGACCAUAUCUCAAACCGGUCCCGGAACUGCGACCGAUCGUGAACAACAGCGCCAGAAAACUGGAAGUACUGAAAACUUGCAUAAGCUGUAUAUUCGACAAUAAGAUUACCGAAGCAAGGAAAAGUUUUCCGGCCGUUCUUCGGAUAUUGAAGCAACGGGAUGCCCGGUUGACUAUGUGUCGAGAGUUAGCCAAGAUCGCCCAUGGGAACAAACAGUUAGAUCAUCAGCAGUUCGAUUUGGUGGUUAAGUUGAUGAACCGAGCACUACAGGACGAUUCCUCGAAGGAUGAAUACGGAGUGGCGGCAGCUUUGUUACCGCUUUCGACCACCUUCUGCCGGAAGUUGUGCACCGGUGUGAUACAGUUUGCCUACACCUGCAUACAGGACCAUCCGGUUUGGAAGAAUCAGCAGUUCUGGGAGGAUGCCUUCUAUCACGAUGUUCAAAACUUCAUCAAAGAACUGUACCUGCCACGAAACAACCCGGAGAAACCGUACAGCAGUUGGUCUACCGACAAUGGUCUGACGCAUUCGGCGUCCCGUGAUAAGAUGGACCGAGCAACGUUGCUUUCGCGUGUUCAGGAACCAUCGGCCCUGGAGAUCGCUGCCGAUCAGAUGCGGAUAUGGCCGAGUGUAGAUGCCGAAAAGCAACUGGAGCUGAUCAGUUCCGAGGAAAAGACACUCUACAGUCAAGCGAUACAUUAUGCCAAUCGAAUGGUGUUCCUGUUGAUUCCGCAGGACGUCAACACCGGAGGAAGGGUACAGAAGAUCGAUUCACACGCCGAUGACGAUGCCAGUGUUUCGAAUAGCGUGAUCGAGUCGCAUAGUCACAGUGAUCAUAGCGAUGAAGGGUUCGAAGAUAACGACCCGGGGGAAGUGGGUACGCAGGUGGCUAAAAUGGUGUGUAAAUUUAUCGAUCGAGUGUGCAAUGAGGGCAAUGUUACCGCCGAGCAUUUGCGAAAUCUCCACCAGAUGGUUCCGGGUGUAAUUCAGAUGCACAUCGAAACCCUGGAGGCAGUCAAUCGGGAAGCCAAACGAAUUCCUCCGAUUCAGAAACCCAAGCUACAGUAUCCUUCCCUGUUGCUAGGUGAGGAAAUCAUCGGAGAACCCAUGCGAGUAUAUUUGCUAGCGGAUGGUCGCGAGGAGAAGGAAGUAGGCAACUCAAACCUGUUACCGGCCGAAGGUGCCCUGUUCUUGACCAACUACCGUAUCGUGUUCAAGGGGUGGCCCUGCGAUCCGUACUGCUGUGAGCAGAGUAUCGUCAGAGCCUUCCCGAUAUCGUCACUAACCAAAGAGAAACGUCUGACGGUGAUCUACCUGCCGCAUCUGGAGCAGGUUCUUCAGGAGGGCAUGCAGCUGCGAUCGUGUACGUUUCAACUGAUCAAGGUAGCCUUCGACGAGGAAGUGGUACAGGAAUCGAUCGAAGCAUUUCGCAAAACAGUGCACAAGGUUCGCCAUCCGGAGGACGAGUUCGGUCAUUUUGCGUUCGCCACCCACGGGAUGGCCAAUCCAACGCCACUGCACAAAGUGAAGGAGAAAAAUGCCACCCUGAAAGAUUUUGCCAAAAAAACACUGCUGCGAACGGCGAAGAAAGCUGGCUUCAAACAGAAAGGAGCGACCAAACGGAAGUAUAUUCUUCCGGGAGCGGAUUUUGACGAGACCUAUGGUAGCAGUGCGACAGGGAUAAAUGAAAAUCCAGAAGAUGAAGACGGUUCCGACGACGGAGCGGACACAAUGCCCCGCAUCACGGUCAAAGACGUAGAAAGGCUCAAGGAACGAAGUUACGUGAAAGAUUGGUUCCGCGUUGGGUUGGGCGAUGUACAAACGGGUUAUCGGAUUAGCUCAAUAAACUGUAACUAUAGCUUGUGUAGAACUUACCCGGCGAUGUUGGUGUGCCCGAAGGACGUUAGUGACGAUGCUCUGCGGAAUCUUUCCCGUUGCUACAAACACCAUCGGAUACCUACGGCAACCUGGAGGCAUAAAAACGGAGCUACCCUGUUGCGUGGAGCCAUUCCGUUGGCAAAAGGAGUCAUGGGUAUGCUUAAGGGUCACCCGGGGUCAUCGAAUACCUCGGCUGAUUCGGCUAGUUUCCAAGAGCAGGAUCGUUACUUUGUGUCUGUUAUCAAAACCACCCCGCAUACUCGACCGAUUCGGCAUACGUGGGGUUUGUCAGACUCCAACAUAUCUCUGGAUUCACUAACUCUGGCAGCCAAUAAUCUGAUGACUCGUUCCGACAUGUCAACGCUGACUCCCGACAUCAGUCGAAAGAACAACGUCGGAUUGUAUUCGAUGAAUAAUUCUUCGUUUUCCAGUUUCGGAGCACUGCGUUCGAAUACAAAAACCAACAAGUGGGGUUCACUCAAGCCCAGUGGUAACAAUAGUACCGCCGCCCUUCGGGAUAUCCGUGACCACUGGGAUCAAUCAUCGCAGCAAUACACCUUUCAACGUGUGCCAUUGUAUUUUCUCGGUGAAAAAUCUCAGUCAAAGUCAGCGAAGCUGUCGGAAAUGUACGCCGAGUUCAUACCCGUUGACUAUACGGACGUUCGACAUUCGCGUACCGCUUUCAAAAAGCUGAUGCGAUCGUGUCUGCCAUCCUGUCUGAACACCGAACCCGAUCAGACCUUCUCCCGACUGGUGGAAGGUUCCGAGUGGCUUCAGCAGAUUCGGGGUCUGUUGCAACUGUCUGGAGCCGUCGUCGAUUUGAUGGACCUUCAGGAAUCCAGUGUCACCCUGGCCCUCGAGGACGGUUGGGACGUGACGGCUCAAAUUUCGUCCCUGGCACAGCUCUGUCUUGAUCCGUACUACCGAACCAUCGAAGGAUUUCGGGUACUCAUCGAAAAGGAAUGGCUUGCCUUCGGGCAUCGUUUCGGACACCGCAGUAAUCUCAAACCGAACAGCAGUUCCGGUUCCCCAUUUGCUCCUACAUUCCUACAGUUCCUGGACGCAGUCCACCAGAUACAAUCUCAAUUCCCGCUUGCCUUCGAAUUCAACGAAUUUUAUCUGCGCUUUCUGGCGUACCAUCAUGUGAGCUGCCGUUUUCGAACGUUUCUGUUCGAUUGUGAAUUGGAACGGGUCGAAUUCGGUAUCACGGCCAUUGACGACAAACGUGGUUCACUGAAUUCCCACCACAAACACGUUGUAGAAACGUUGACCGUUUCCGAUGACGAUAACAUCUAUCCGGGUGGAGUCGGCGGUGGUGGUGGUGGCAGGGGUAAUCACGCAUCCAAUACGCAAAAGUUUGGCCCUUCGCUGUUUGACUACAUCGAACGGCAGCACGCUAAGAAUCCCAUCUUCUACAACUUCAUGUACACGCCGGAUCCGGAACGGCUGGUACUGCGACCGCAGAGUUCCAUAUCCGUGCUGGAAGUAUGGUCGUACUAUUUGGACGAAGAAUUGGCGCAAGGUCCCCCGUACGAUCCGGAACUAGUCAGUAGCGAUAAUCUGGAGGAUGACAGUGAUUACGUGAGCAGUGGAAGCUCGACCGUUCGACAUCCGAAACGUAAAGUGGUUUCGGUUGGGUACGAUAGUUUGAACAAGUACGAUGCGGAUGCGUUCUCCCGGCUUCUGGAGGAAUUGAAAAACGCCGAAGCAGAGCGGGGGCUGCUACCGCAAAAGUGGCGUCAGGUGUGGGACAAACUGGAGCUGCCGCAUUCCGAUUCACUUACCCGCCAUGCGUCCUUCAGCAGUGCUUUGGUGAGAUCGCAUGGUCGACUACUACACAAAAGAUCGACGCUAGAAAUUAUUAUGCGUGGUCGCCAGGUUGGCUACCAUCAGGAGAACUUCCUUCAUCCACAUCGUUUCGAAAAGCAUGCCUACUCGGCUCCGAUCAAUUGCAAUCACUGCGGGAAUGUUCUCUGGGGUCCACUACUGAAUGGCCUUCGAUGUGUUGAUUGUGGUAAUACCUAUCACGAAAAGUGCGCCGAAUCGGUGCCGAAAAACUGCACCAAGUACAAGGCAGUGGAAGGAAACCAACAAACGUUGUCGCGGAAUCAGGGUGACAACAGCAGCGUAACGUCCAGUGUGAACACAACCAACACCACUAGUCAGCAUUACUACGACCAGUUUAGCAGUAAUGUCGCGGACGAUAGAACUCAUGAAGGAUACUUGUACAAACGAGGAGCCAUACUGAAGAACUGGAAGCAGCGAUGGUUCGUGUUGGAUUCACACAAACACCAGCUGAGAUAUUACGAUGCAAUGGAGGAUUGCAACUGUAAGGGCUUUAUUGAUCUGGCCGAAGUGCAAUCAGUGGCACAGGCCCCGACCCAGGCGGCACCGGUGCCAUCGAAGAAGAUUGACGAAAAGGCGUUUUUUGAUCUUAAAACCAGCCGAAGGACGUACAACUUCUACGCGGUCGACGCUUCCAGUGCUCAAGAGUGGAUCGAGAAGAUACAGGCCUGCCUACAGUAAGCAGGUCGCAUGCACUUUUUCUGCCGAACCGGCACCGAAAACUUUGAAUUUCCCAACGGAUUUCGAUCGACACAUACUCAUCGAUAGUACAUGUAUAGAAUAAUCACAUAUACAUACCCACAUUGGAGAUAGCAAUGCACUUUAAAUUUUUGGGAUCGGUACGAGCGCGUGAAACUGGCUGGCCGUUAAAUGAUGUAAGUGAAUGCAGACAUAUUGGUUACUUCGUAUAUCAAUGAAGGCCGGGCAGGUUCACUCGAAGAGAGUGGCUUAAACUAGGAUAUUUAGACGAUUACUCGCUGAGAUUCGAACCGUUCGAAUUUAGAUGCAAGAAUUUGGGUUUGUAGUACGACUAGCGCAAAUGGAGAUCACGAAAGAAGUGAAAUGCAAGUAUUUAUCUGUGUACGUGUCACUAUUGUUACGCAAUUGUUCUUUUCAUUUUUUUACAGUAAAAUAAUGUUACACAUUUAUCUGAUAGUUUUAAGGGCGUCGAAAGAUGUGUCAUACAAGGGACAUUUUCGAAAUGGUUAGAAAAGUAAAAAAGGCAGUAGAAGGCCUCCCGCACGAGGAGAGAUUUAUACCAAA